AUGCCUGAUGAUUCUGAGGUGGAUCGAUCCACGACUACAACUCCACUAGCUACCCCGUCUCGUGCUUCGACCUUGCCCACCAGCAGUAUUGGUCGCUCGAGCAUCUCCAUGGAGCCACCUAGGAUGGACAACGCCGCGGACUUCAAGUCAUACCCGCAUACACCGGGUACUGUCGACUUCACCCCACCCCAAAUGCUCAUGCAAACCCCCAUCACCAUCGAAUGUGAGCUUGACCUCAAGACCAAGCUCACUGUGCACGAGGAGCUUCUGUGCGUUCACAGCAAGCAACUCCUAGGUCAAUUCGAGAAGGCAAAGUCGGCUAGGACGCAGUUCGCAAAGGCCGACGCGUUUCGUGAGAAAGUCGCAGCAUACGUAUUUCCGGAGUGUUCUCAGAAGGAGUUUGAAGACAGGCAUUUGGAACAACAGGUCAAACCACUGAUUAAGCAGGCAUCUGAGAACUACCCGCUGGUUGGGUACUCCACCGGCGUCAAGAAACUCAUUAUGGACGAAGUCACCUCCCAAAUAUCUGCCAGAAACGUCAAGAAGUCGGCCCCGAAGCCUUCACAGAUCGCUUCAGACCUGAGCCUAUCGGGUAGAUUGGAUCUCCUCAAGCCCCAUGCCCUACAAGAUGUAGCCUCUGCACUCUUCAAAAGACUCCACGACAUCCAAAAGACCGAAGUCAAGAGAGCCGAGAAGGAUCCUUUCAAAGCCGCCGCGCAACACCGUCUCAUACUUCCUGACGUAAAGGAAGCGACUGUAAGAUGUUUCAUACAGUGGGUCUAUCGAGCGCAGUGUUCAUACGAGGGUUCUGAACAGCUCUACUCUGUUCUCAAGCUUGCUACACGACUUGGUGUUGAUGAACUCGCUAGUAUCUGUUUGAAACAAUUGUACAGGGCCGCGAACGACAGUCUCAUGCAUGCUGAGAAUCACGGUGUUCUCAUCCAGACGCUUCUGGGAUACGGUCCAGGUGUUGCAGCCGAUGACAGUUUUGGGGUUGUCUUCAAGCACGCUGUCAAGGAAGACGAUACUCCAAAGCAACUCAAGAGUCUGGUUAUUGAUACUUUGGCGGCAACACUCGAUCCUGAGCUAUGGCAGCAUGUGAAGGGUUCGAUUAAUCACAGCAUGGCUCUACAGGUCAUUGAAGCUAUGGUCGAGCUGCGUCAGCAUGUCAAGUUGGAGACGGAUGAUCAAGGAGAAGGCGUCAAGUCUGAGCGCGAUGAUGUUAUUAGUGCCUUCACGCAGUCAAACAUCCCUGUUGACCACGGAGAGUUAUCCCACGGUGGUGAGCACAAUGGCAAAUAG